GAAAUAAAGAGGAGCAAGAAUAUAUAUAUAUAUAUAUAUAUAGAUACAGAUAGAUAGAUAGAUGGAGGCUGAACGUAUCAAUCAUUUCCGAGACACCGUUCUUGCUUCUAGUGAUGGCGUUCGAGCAAAAAAAUGGUUAUUGGCUUAUCACAGAGACGUAGUUCAAUCCAAAGAAAAUGUCCACAGAUCGUUCAAAAGAAAAGAAAUUUUUGUCAACGGUCAAGCAAUUGAAGAAACAAGAAUCUUAAGAGAAGGUGAUGUAGUAGAAGUCAAUUACAACCAAACAAUGGAAGAAAAGACCCGGAUGGAGAACGUUGAUCUUGAUAUUCGGUACCAAGAUGAGCAUUUGGCUGUUGUCUGGAAAGCACCAGGUCAAAACUUUGGAGAUUAUGAAAAGGCUAUUUUAUAUGCUCUCAACCUUGAUCAUGAUACAAUGCAAUGUGUGUUUAUGCUUCAGAAAGCAGGCUCAGGGCUGUUAAUCAUAGCAAAGUCAGAAAAAAUUCAAAAAGCUCUAUUGGAUAUUUAUGAGUCCGGAAACAUGACAAUGGGAAUGAGUGUAGUGUGCCAUGGCAAUGUCCCUAAUGACUUUUUGUCCACAGUGCCAGAUCUUGGAAAUGUAGUGGUUCUGAAUAAUGUGGAUCUGACAGAAGCAAUGGAGAAUGAAGAUGAAGAAGAUCUAAGCGUGAUCGCAAGAACCAGGGCCAGACCAUUUGAUCUUGAAUCAAUAAUCAGAUCUAUUACAGUAGAGACCAUUACUCGAUCGAAUCAAGCAAACUACUUGUCUACACUCCAUCUAGAUCUCCAAACACCUCUGCAAAAUUCUGAAAUCCGACGCUUAUUUUACCUGACUGGUUAUCCUAUUAUUGGCAAGUCAAUCUACACAAGAUAUCUCAAAUCAAGCAGUAAAAAAGGUCUCUGCAUGUCCUUGACUCAUCUUGGAUUUGUACACCCUGUUACGCAGCAGCCACUCGAGUUCAAGAACGCCGAACCCGUGAAGUUUGCUCACCUGCGCGAACGUGAGACGAAAUUCUGGCAACGUCGUCGAGAUGCUGAAGAGGAACAACUCAAGUACGCCGGUGUGGAUGAAGUCGAUAGAGGAGAUACUAACAAACCAUUGGCCUAUGUGCUUGGAGAGAAGAGGUUUUAUGGACUUUGCUUUAAGGUCAACGAGUCAUGUUUGGUACCUCGUCCUAGUUCAGAGAUCCUGGUGGAGGCAGUGCUGGAAUACUUGCCACAGGAAAAACAAACAACACGCGUGCUGGAUGUUGGAACAGGGUGCGGAAACCUUUUGUUGUCCGUCCUUCAUAAUUCUCCGCAGAGUAGAGGAGUAGGUGUAGAUAUUAGCAAGGCUGCGCUGGAAGUAGCAACUCAAAAUGCACAGCUGCUCGGUCUUGAAGAUCGAGUUGGAUGGCUGUGUAAAGAUAUGGCGUUGAUGGAGGAUCCUGUACAGCUAUACGAUAUCCUAGUGUGCAACCCACCCUAUCUUCACCGCAAGACCACCAAGAAGGAGGCCCAACAAAUGGCUCGUCUGAGCCAUGAGCCAGCCGAGGCUUUAUUUGCAGGCGAAGAAGGGUUUGAAUUUUAUCGGAUUCUUCAUUCAAUUGCUCAUCGAUUAGUUUGUCAGCACAAUGGAAGAGUAAUUCUGGAGUGUGGAAAGGGAAUGAUGGACAAGGUCAAAGAUAUCUGGUCUGAUUGGAAAGUAUUAGAAGUGCGUAAGGAUCGUCAGGGUUGGGACCGUUGCUUGGUUCUCUCGAAUGAAAAUGGUGUGGACAGACUAAAAGUUCAAAAAAGGGUUAAAAAAAGAAGAACAGCUUUAAUUCUAUACAUGGUUUUUACUGUUAUAAAAGAAGAUUUACGUUAUAAUUUACUUGAAUUUGAGCUUAUUCUAUUAAAACACAGUUUAACACACGAUUUUACCCUUUUUGCUAAUCGUAUCCUAAACCUAUGGGACAGAUACUCUGGACAAGCAGAUGUGUAG